AUGGAAGGUGAGGGCUAUGAUGCACUAGAUCCUAGUCUACUUGACAACACAGCGGCCGUGUAUCAACCACAACCGGACAUGGAACGCAGUGGCUUCUAUCUUUCUGAAACAUACCAAGAGUAUGAACAGGCCAGUUUCCUCGAGGAUCAUAACGAUGAUCCCAAUGAUCCAGGCCUCCCAGGCCCAUUGCCAUCACUCCGCAUCAACCCAAAUGAGAUUUCAGACGACGAAACAAACCCAGUUUCAGUGGAUUGGUUGCAGAAUAUUCAAGGAAACGAAGAUCAGUGGUCACCACUGCCGGGCACAGAUGUUGACUUGUUCCCAGUAGCCAUUCUACCUGCGCUUCCCUCGGCGAAGGGAAAACGCAAGGUACGGAACGAAGAAGCCGAAGACGUCAACGAGCCCCCUCGAUCGCGUGGCCCGAAGCGCCGUAGAAUCCGGGGGCGUCGCCACGAUGGCACGGGCUGA